GUCAACAUGGAGCUCACAGCUGUGGUAUUGCUGGUGAUUGCUGCAUACACUUUAGCAAAACCAAUUGCAACUGAAGAGAAAGACAAAUUGUUAUUAGCAGAUAAAUAUCUUCGAAGGUACUAUGCCAUGCCAGCUGGUCUCCAGGGAGAAGGAAAAGCAUCUGGUCUCAUGCACCAGAAGAUUCGAGAGAUGCAAGCGUUUUUCAGGUUGGAAGUGACAGGAAAGCCGGACGACAGCACCUUGGAGGUGAUGGAAAUGGCUCGCUGUGGAGUUCCAGAUGUGGCUGAAUAUAAUCACUUUCCUCAAGACAUCAAAUGGAAAAACACAAAUGUGACCUUCAGGAUUCUGAACUACACUCCUGACAUGAAGAAUGCGGAUGUGGACAAAGCCAUUCGAAAUGCUUUUAAUGUCUGGAGCAAGGUGACUCCACUGAGGUUUAAGAAACUGUAUGAGGGGAAUGCUGAUAUCAUGAUCAGCUUUGGAGCAAAAG